UCCGACGGCCAACAUCUCCACACUAAUUGGAAAUCUAGACUAUGCUUGCAAUCGUAUAGAUUGUGAUUUGAUACAACAGGGUGGUUCCUGCUUCUAUCCAGACACUUACAUACACCAUGCCUCCUUUGCCAUGAAUAUGUAUUACCAAGCUAUGGGCAGACACUCGUGGGAUUGUAAUUUCAAAGAUUCCGGACUCAUUUCGGUGACUGAUCCAAGUUAUGAGAGCUGCACUUUUCAGAGUGGAGGACAUCAAUCAGAUAACGGGCCAACAAUGGCGCAGAAUUCCGAUGCAACAUGGUGUGUGGCAAAACCUGGAACAAAUAACGAUAUGCUGUUGCUAAACAUCAAUUACGCUUGCAAUCAUGUCGACUGCACCCCUACACAUGUGGGCGGCGCCUGCUACAACCCAGCAACUCUCUUAAACCAUGCCUCCUUUGCCAUGAAUCUUUACUUUCAGAGCAAUGGCAGAAAUCCUUCCAGUUGUGACUUCAGGAAGACUGGCCUCAUUGUUACAAAUGACCCCAGUUAUGGUACCUGCACUUACGAUUAUAGUGGCCAUCGUGGCUAAAAGUUAAAGAGGGAAUAAUGGAUGGACCACUCAUUUGAUGUUUCAACUACAAAGAAUAGUGUUGUCCUUUUCAUUACUAGAUUUUAAAUUCCAUGAAAUAAUAUUAAAUCGGAUUAUAUUUGUAAUGUUUAAUUAGAUAGUGC